CACACACACACACACACACACACACACACACUCCCUCUCUCUCUCACACACACACACACACACACACUCUCUCUCUCUCUCUCUCUCGCUCGCUCGCUCCCGUGCUUUUCGCUGCGAGUAGCGUGGCACGCUUGUUCAGAAAUCGUCUUGCUGUUCUUGGCCAUCUCUCUCUCCACCAUUUGCGCGAUCCCUUACCUUCGUUCACUCUCUCCCCGUUGUUUCUCCCUCCCUCGCGCGCACAAGAUCCCAUAUUCCCCCUUUCGUAUUGUCUCUUCUCCGCGCUCGUGUUCUAUACAGUUCCUCUCCGUCCCUUUCGCGCGGCUAUCUUCAUCGCUGCGCCUUCUGGUGCUUCUUCCUCCGCGUUUUUCCAAACCUCUUUCCCUUGCCGUCUCUACUCGCCUCCCUCCUCCUCCUCCUCUGUCGGUCUUGCUCUCUCUCCUGUGUCAUCCCACUUCUGUCUCGCGGGUGUUGACACGUCCAGGAGCAGUACUCUGCCUGGCCAUCAUCGGUUAUCCUCGUCGUCAUCAUCGCUUCUGUGGCAGUCAUGUCUGAAGCAGUUAGCACCACGACGGCUCUCGACAAGACACGCCUCCAUGUCGCGUUGCUUGUUCUUUACUUGGGAAAGGCAGAGACACGCGAUAAGAUAUGUCGAGCAAUCCAGUACGGGUCUAAGUUCAUUAGCCAGGGAAAAGCAGGGACAGCUCAGAAUGUGGACAAGAGCACCAGCUUGGCGCGCAAGGUCUUCCGUCUACUCAAGUCCGUCAAUGAGAUUCAAGCGCUCUUGACACCUGCAUCGAAGUCGACACCAUUACCGCUCGUUCUCCUUGGGAGGAUAAAGAGCUGUUUGAUUGCAACGUUUCUGGGGCUUGAUCAGAUAGUUUGGCUUGGCAGAAGUGGGAUAUACAAGAACAAGGAGCGGACUGAUCAGAUCGCAAAAAUUUCCCUCUACUGCUGGAUGGCAGGAACUUUUUGCACGUUCAUUAUAGAAUUGUACCCGCCAGCAUCGGCAGUCAAGGGCAAAGGCGACUGAGGAAGUCAAGCCAAGGAUGUAGUACCGAUGUACACAAGUGAGGAGCAAGCAAUGAAUGAUCGUCAGUUAAUGCUACGGAUUGAGCGGUCAGGUAGGCGGUGAGCGAUCGGAUUGCGGAGUUUCUCGGUCGGUAUGGAGCGGCACAUGAUGGAGCCUCGAUGUGCACAUGAACUCUUGUCUGCUCGCCUUCCUGCUGGCAGACAAAGGGCCUUCCCAAUAUGCUGGAUGCCACCACAGCAUACAAAGAGAUUGGGGGUGAGUAACGAAGGAGAGGAGGGAAGGAGAGGGGCUGGGGAGUGUGUGUGUGUGGUGGGGGAGGGGGAGGGGGAGGGGGAGCGUGGAAGAAGGGGGCGAGCGUAGGGAGCGUGAUGACGGUAAAUGUCUCUGUACAAUUGUGUAGAAUGAUGGUAGGAUUCUGAUCUCGUACGGUAGUUUCUUUCUCUACCGGGCAUGAGAGGUUCUAGCUCUUUUGUCCAGUAAAGAGAGUUUCCUCUGGCUGGAAAGGUUUCCCAACCUUUCGGUUGAAUCAUUGAAAUGUGAUUCAACCGAGCGAAAAAUAGGUUCUUGCUUUCUUGCGUUUAUAGAGGAAACGAGUUUUCAUUUCCCGUCUUUUCCACUGCCUUUUUGGUGUCGAGGCCUUUCUAUGCUGUAGUUUCAAAGCCUCCUCACACAGAGAGAACGUCCCGACGCAUUUGCUUUGCAGUGGUUGUGCAUCCUUGUUCGUGAUGAUGUGAUCAUGAUGGCGACGGCGAUGAUGAGAUUAUGUGUUUUUUCCUAUCUAUUUUGACAUUGAAAAUACCACACUUUGUUGUUCGAGCGUCUGAACCGCAGCAGCGAAGGCGAAAGGAUGCUAUCAGGUGCAUCACAGAUCCCAAUUUCCAAUGGCAAGAGAUGCUAUCGGGUGUGUAAGUUCGGGGGUAUAUUUUUUUUGUCCGUGGAUGGGUUUGAUCGACUUCGAUGCCUCUCCUCACCAUCUUGGAAUGUAGUCUUUGCGUUGGCUCACUUCUCACACCGUUCUUGCAUGCGCUCUAAAAUUC